AUGCAUGAUAAAUUCACUUUUGAUUCAAUUGAAAAACCAGCAACUUUUUUAAUACCCAACUUAACAACAAAACAAAAAGGUAAGAAAGCCGCAACCAUGAUGAAUGAAGUCUCAGCUCUAUCUUUGAACCUCAUGGAUAGGACAUCUAGCACUAUCUAUGUCAGUAAUAUACGACACACUACACCCGUUUCCUCUAUUUCCACAAUCUUUUCAAAAGGAUUUGCUUUCAUCGAGUUUGAGAACAAAUCUCACGCAUUCACCGCCUUUGAUGAAUUGUCAAAACAAGAAAUCCUUCUCGAUGGUAGAAUUCUUAAACUUGAAUGGGCAAGAGCUACCAAAUUAUAUAAAGAGGAUAUUCAAAGUUUAAGUAAUGAAUCAAAAGAAAAGAUCAUGGAAAUCAUUCGUUUGAUUCCAAAUAUGCAAAGAAUAAACGAAAGGGAACCCCCAACAACAACAACAACAAAAGAACGACAGGCAUGUAUAAUGGAAACAGCCCAAAUCGGUCAAACCUAUGAUAGCAAGCUGGUUGUCAAUGGUACAAUGAUACCAAACUCUCAUCUCAGCUCGAACAACUACAUUGGUAGCGGAAACCUCAAUUCGAACAACUCUCCUUCCAACAACAUAAUUAACGGCGCAGUUGGAAUGAAGUCUUUUAACGACACGCCAUUAAACGUCACUAAUGGAAAUUCCAUAUCCACCUCCAAUCCACCCAAUUCAAAUAAUAAUAACAAUACAAACAACCAACCAAACAACAGCAACGGCAAUAACAACAACAACAAUAAUAAUAAUAAUAACAACAAUAGUAACAACAGUAUAACUAACAAUCCAAACACUUCACCUUCGCAACACCUCAACUCUGUAAAUGAUAAUGAAAACAACACCAACAACAUCUUCACCUCUUAUUUUGGAUCAAAUAUGAACAACAAUUUUGAUUUCAAUCUCCAAUCCACCAUAAACAGUAUAGCUAAUAUCGAUUUACGCGCCAACGAAGUCAACCUGGUAAAACCAAACCCCUACAACGUACCGAUAAACGUCCACUCUUCGACCAACUCUUAUCCAAAUUCAUUCUUGAAUGAAGAUUUCAAUCCUGAUACCCAAUCAUACAACAAUUUUACAUCAAACAUCCUCUCAAAUCCCUCCAACUAUCACUACUUUAACAAUCAGGACCCUGUAUAUGUCAAUAAUCCAACCAACUCUUCUUUCUCUCAUUUUUCAAACAAUUUCACCUCCAACUUUGGAGGAUUCAACUCUUAUUUCAACUCGAACUUCAACUAA